ACUUGCGAACUCAUCUGGUUGUUCACUCAAUUUUAGGACACAGCCCACCCCGCACAAACAGAUGACCGGCGGUUUCCUCUCAGAUGAGGCCUUGGCCAGGCAGCUGCAACAGGCGUAUGAUGACGACGGAUAUGUCUAUGGCGACGUCAGCGUUGCUGACGGUGACUAUUGGGAGGAUGAAGUAGAGAACGACAAGGACGACUCGGGAAUGUACGAUGCAACUUCUGCCGCCAGCGCCAAGCCGGCUGGAGAGCGAGGAAGUGACGAUGAUGAUUUUGUUUUGCGCAAGAAGCCGAAAAGGGGUGGAUCGGCUAAGAAGGCGAGCAAAUUAGCUGCGGCGACACCUGCUAAACGCGGACGUAAGCGGAAGGCCGACCCGCCAACCUCAGAUGAAGCCUCUACACUCUCGGCGGACGCCAAAUCGUCGAAAGUCGCCAAAACCGAAACAGUAUCAUCUAAACUAUCGGGAGCUCAUCAGGAGGCGAAUGGGAACAUGCAUUCAUCCGACGUGGCAUUUUCGGAGAGCAAGCUUUGUGAAGUCGAAAUGGUACCUGCCAUCGCUCGAGCGGCAAAGUCAUGCGGUCAGUCAUCCACUGCCACAUCGACAUCGACUCCCGAACCACCAUCCGGUUUGCAGGCGACCAGUGAACAGGGCAUGAAGCAGGGCAGAUGGACGGAAGUGGAGCACGCUAGUUUCCUGGAAGGGUUGGAGUUGCACGGCAGGAACUGGGCAGAGGUUGCGCGACACGUCGGCACGCGUUCAAAAGACAUUGUGAAAUCUCGCGCCCAGCGGCAUUUGAUACAUUUGUGGUUGGAGGGAAAAGAUGUGCCGGAGAAGGUCAAAGAAACUGGUGCAGGCCACACAUUGAGCGGAAAGCCGUUGAAUCCGGAAAGUGCGGCAGUGAGGCCAUACCUCAGAUCUCGCAAAUUCGAUCCAGAACACCCUGCGAGUACGGUCGUCCUCCCGCCCCAUAAAACUCCCGGGCCCGAGAAUGGAGAAGAGAUGAAGCCCACCCCACCUUCGACUGAUGAGAGCGCAGAGAAAGUAGUUUCCGCGAGAAAGCGAACGGUAUCCCUUGAUUACAACAAGGGGUCGAAUUCGCCACUGAGAAAGAGGCGCGAAACGAACCCUGGCGAUGCCGAGAAGGUCCAAUUGGAGCAGCUUGGCAUAAGGGUCGGCGAAGACGGGAAGACAGACUAUGGGAGGAACAGGCCACGCCGCGAGACUGCAACAAAGCCUAAGAGGCAAUAUGCAGAGGAUGGCUACGAUCUUAUAUCGUGCCCGCCUUUCAAGAGCCUUCCUGGCGACGGCCGUCCGAACUGCCAACCAUACCGCUUACGUGUCGAGCGGAAGGCGAUCGCCGUGAUGGACUUGCAUUCCCAUCUGCUGGAUACGGAAGUAGUCGGGUUGCUGGCAGGCGUUUAUGACGAUGGAACGAAAGAAUGCACCAUUCAAACAGCCCUUCCCGCACAACGCAAGCUCAUUGCAGCCAACGCUAGCAUCACGGUCGAGGCCAGCGAAGAGAGCCUCGCCGAGGCACUAUCGACUGCCGAAAGCCUUGGCAUGCAGAUUGUUGGGUGGUACCAUUCCCACCCCAUCUUUUGCACUUUGCCGUCUCGUAUUGACUGCGAGACGCAGCAUGCGCACCAGAUGGCGUUUGGAGGCUCGGCUUGCAAUGCCGUGCAGGAUCACGGAGUCAUGGGUGAGGGGGCUUUGCCUUCUCCGCCGCUGCCUCAUGAGUCGGCGCAGGAAGACGGGAAACCGUUCUUGGGCGCUAUCUGCGGCCCUUACAACCCCAAACUGGAAACCUCGCAAUCCGAACUCAACUGGUUCGUCGUAGUGCCCUCCGAAGCUUUUCCGGCUGGCACUCCGACACCCAGUUAUACAGCGGGCUCUGUUGCCGGGGCAGACGUGGCACAACCGACCAGACGGAACACUGUGGUCCCACGUCGGCUUCAAGCCGUCUUGCAAGGUGAGAGAGCAUGCAGAUGUGGCUGCUGGGUGAGAAGGUCCGCGAUCUGCCCCAAGAAACGCCGGAGACCACCGACGCUUCCAUCGCCCAACUGUCGUCUGACACGCACGCCCGCGAAUCGGACCUGCCCACGGACCAGGACAGCAAAGAAAACACUGAACCCAUACCCAGCCAUUCGACACUUCAGGCCGAGAGCGCCAAAAUACCCGCCAAUGGAACGGACGCGUACCUUGACCAACCGACUCCAUGCGAUAGCCCGCCCGUCCAACCGAUCGACACCCAUACCCUGCCCCGCCAGCUGUACGUUAGUGUUCCCGAAUUGAUGGAGCGCAUCAGGCAGGAAGUGUGUUCAUUAAACGCAACUUGAAAGCUUUUUCCGAUUUGCCCCGGUUCUACAUAUGGAAAUUUCUAUAGUUCGAAGCGGCGUAUCGGCAAUAUCAUUUGUCUAUGUCUAGAAAUGCACUCCUUUCAGGCAAUCAAGUGCUAUGCUUUAGCGUAGGGAAUUUAUACCACA